CUCCUGGAGCCUUAUUCCCGGCCGCAAGCUCGGGAGCGCUCAGUCUACCGCGGGAGCUGCGCGCGGAAGGCACCUGGCUAUACUUACUGAGGCUCAAGGGCUCGGGCGGACGGACAGACAGAGUGAAUACAGAGACGCCCGGCGGCCGCGAGCUCCGCUGAGAUCCCAGCCAGGCUUGCACGCAGAGGCCGGCAGCAGAACGUGCCCGGCAGGAUCUCCUGUGCUCCUCCCACCCGGCUCCCGUGCCAGCGCCCGGUGGCCGCCGCCUCCAAAGUGGUUGCUGCCUCGCCGCCUCCGCCGAGUCCGGGACCAUGAAGCUGCUGCCGUCGGUGGUGCUGAAGCUCCUUUUGGCUGCAGUGCUUUCGGCGUUGGUGACCGGCGACAGCCUGGAGCGGCUUCGAAGAGGGCUGGCGGCUGGAACCAGCAAUCUGGACUCCCCUACUCAAUCUACGGACCAGCUGCUGCCCCCGGGAGGUGGCCGAGGCCGGGAAGUCCUGGACUUGGAAGAGACAGACCUGGACCUUUUCAGAGCUGCUUUCUCUUCCAAGCCACAAGCUCUGGCCACACCGAGCAAGGAGGAGCGUGGGAAAAGAAAGAAGAAAGGCAAGGGGUUAGGGAAGAAGAGAGACCCAUGUCUUCGGAAAUACAAGGACUUCUGCAUCCAUGGAGAAUGCAAAUAUGUGAAGGAGCUCCGGGCUCCAUCCUGCAUCUGCCACCUGGGUUACCAUGGAGAGAGGUGCCAUGGGCUGAGCCUCCCAGUGAAAAAUCGUUUAUAUACCUAUGAUCACACGACCAUCCUGGUUGUGGUGGUCGUGGUGCUGUCAUCCGUCUGUCUGCUGGUCAUCGUGGGGCUUCUCAUGUUUUGGUACCACAGGAGAGGAGGUUAUGACGUGGAAAAUGAAGAGAAAGUGAAAUUGGGCAUGACUACGUCCCACUGAGAGAAACCUGUGCUCAAGGAAUCAGCUGGGGACUGCUACCUCUGAGAAGAUACAAGUUGAUGACAGACUCUGCAGAGGGGAAGGACUUCACAACUAGCUAUGAAGAUUCCUUCAUCCCCAGUUGCCAUCUAAAUUGGGCCUCCCAUAACUGCUUUGCCAAAAUACCAGAGCCUUCAAGUGCCAAACAGAAUAUGUCCAGUGGGAUCUGGGUCAGAAGAAAGCAAAAGUGAGGGACCUUCGUGCCCUUCUGAUUCUCCUCCACCAAGCCCUACUUACCCCCAUAAGUUUGUUUAAACGCUUAUCUUCUGGAUUAAAAUGCCAGUUAAAUUCCAUAUGCUCCAGGAUCUUUGCCUGAAAAAAAAAGGAAGGAGAGGAAGAAAGAAAGAUUCGGGGACUGGAAGAAAGUAACAAAGAUUGAGAAGCCAUGUACUCAACAAGCCACCAAGGGAUCUGCCAUUUGGACCCUUCAGUGCUGGAUUUGAUGAGUUAACUGUGAAAUACCAUAAACCUGAGAACUCUGAAUUUUGGGACUUCUACCCAGAUGGAAAAAUAACAACUAUUUUUGUUUGUUUGUUUGUUUGUUUGUAAAAUGCCUCUUAAAUUAUAUAUUUAUUUUAUUCUAUGUAUGUUAAUUUAUUUAGUUUUUAACAAUCUAACAAUAAUAUUUCAAGUGCCUAGACUGUUACUUUGGCGAUUUCCUGGCCCUCCACCCUGCAUCCCCCACCAUCUGGCUCAGCAUUAGUCUCCUCUGCUACAAAUGUGAGAUGGCUCUGUGAUCCAUCUGUAGUAAUCUAUUGUCUGUCCACAUUUCGGAAGAUCUUCCAUGAUCUGAGUGCCACAGGGGGAGUUCUGUAUGGUCAGGCUGUAGGAAUUAACUUUGUCAGAUCCACUCUAUGAGUUGGACGGCAGUCUUACCUAGGCGAUUGUGUCUACCGUUUGUGUUUUGAAAGCCCAAGGUGCUGAUGUCAAGAUGUAACAGAUAUCGGUAUUCCCCUGUGUCCUCUCCCUACCCAGUCUCAGACGAAGUUGGGCUUCCAUGCCUGAAGCUUUCCUGGCACCUCACCCUGCAUGGGUCCAGGUCCACAGAGUGGGAACUCACUGUCCCUUGUGUCAAGACAUUUCUCUUAUCCUGCCAUUCUUCUGGUGCUACUCCAUGCAGGGGUCAAUGCAGCAGAGGAUAAUCAGCAAAAGGUAUUAGCAAAGAAAAAGGCUGAGGAGGAACAGGAAACAUUGGAGCUGACUGUUCUUAGUAAUUGAUAACCUACCAAUUGCUACAGAGAAGGUUGGAGGUGAGGAGGGCUUUUGUGUAAACCCACCCACCUCACCAAAACUACAAAGGUAUGCUGUCGUGGUCCCUUCUGGAAGUUUCUGGUGCCAUUACUGAACUGUUACAAACCUGAAUUUCCAAACCUGGUUUAUAUUUAUACUUUGCAAUUCAAAUAAAGAUAACCCUUACUCCAUA